CUGGCAGACCUGCCCGUCCUCAGCCUGCCCAAGGAGACCCUCAAGGCUCACAGCCGGCUGGAGCACAGCACCCGGCCGGCCUUCAUCCACCACCGCGAGUCCCUCUGGAAGAGAUGCCUCAGUGCCUGGCGGGACGUGGGGCUGUGCGGAGUGCUGAAGGAGAUCGCCAGCGCCGAGGAGGAGGGGCUGCAGUGGGUGAAGAUGGGCUCGAGCUACACGCUGGCCGUGUGCCACUGGCUCUCCUCGCUGCAUGGCUCCUUGUUCCCUCACCUCUCACUAACCAGCGAAGACAUGAUCGCGGCGUUCUCCCAGGCGGUGGACUGGGCCGGCUGCACCGUCCGGGCCUUCGCCUGGCACCCCCCCACCAGCAAAUUUGCCGCGGAUCUUUUGGCUGCCUCCAUCGCUUCCCUCCUCUCCGGCAGCGCCACCAUCCCCUCGCUGAAGCAUCGCCUGCAGAGGAACGUGGCCGCCAUGGCCUGGAAGCCGCUCUGCGCCUCCAUCCUCGCCGUCGCCUGCCAGAGCUGUGUCCUGGUGUGGCACCUGGAUCCCACCUCCCUCUCCACGAGACCUUCGUCCGGCUGCGCUCAGGUUCUGUCCUACCCGGGGCACAGCCCUGUCACCAGCCUGGCGUGGGCCCCCAGCGGGGAGCUGCUGCUCUCGGCGUCGCCGGUCGACACGGCCAUGCUGGUGUGGGAUGUGUCCACCGAAAACUGCGUCCAGCUGCAGUGGUUUGGGGGUGGCGGCGUCACUUACUUGGCAUGGUCACCGGACGGCAGCAAGGUCCUGGCAGCCACUCCCUCUGCGGUGUUCAGAGUGUGGGAGGCUCAGAUGUGGACGUGCGAGCGGUGGCCCACUAUCAAAGGACGCUGCCAGACGGGGUGCUGGAGCCCUGACGGCAGCCGGCUGCUCUUCACGGUGCUGGGGGAGUCCGUCAUCUACUCCUUGUCCUUCUCCGAAUACCGGGGGGAGAUGCAAGGGCAAGUGGGAGGCUCCAAAACAGCUUCCAUCGUGGCAGAUCUGUCCGAGACCACCUUCGAGACGCUCUAUGGGGAGGAGAGGAUCGGAGGAGAAGUCCACUCCAUGGUGUGGGACCCCACCGGUGAGCGGCUCGCGGUGAUCAUCAGAGGGCAUGCCGACGCUCCCGGGAGCCAGACGGUCAUCGCUGUGUUUCGCACCCGCAACAGCCCUGUGUUUGAGCUCCUGCCGUGCGGUUUCCUGCGAGGCGAGCGCGGCGCGCAGCCCCAGCUCAUCGCCUUCCACCCCUGCUUCAAGAAAGGCGCCCUCCUGACCGUGUGCUGGUCCACGGGGAAGAUCAGCCACAUCCCCUUCUUCUUCGUGAGCGCCCACGUCCCCUGCGUCAGCCCCGGCCGCAGCCCCGUCACGGUCAUGACCAGCGCCAGCGUGCGGGAACAGCCCCUCUUCUCGGAGCUGUGA